AUGGAGGGUACAGCUAAACUCGCGACGAUACCCGCAAGCGAGACCAGUGGUCCGCCACAGGUGAUAUCCGUCGGACUAUGGCGUAUGGGCACAGCGUCCAUGGCCGCCGCCUAUGACACCAUUGGCCUUCGUCCGCACCAUUCACUCGACAUGUUCGACACGCCAGAGCAAUGGGCGCUCUUUGAGAAGGCGGCCGAUGCCACAUGGCCUCAGGAAACCGGCAGCAGCGACGAGGCAGCUCUGUUCACACGCGCGCAGUGGGACGACAUCUACGGCCAGUACGGGGCGGUCACGGAGAUUGGCGCUGCUUUCGCAAAGCAGCUCGUCGAGGCCUACCCAGAGGCCAAAGUCGUCGUGGUGCGGCGCGACUUUGACAAGUGGUGGCCAAGCUUCCGCGACGGCGUCGCGGCGCCCGUCUUUUCGCUCCAGGGAACAUUCCUCCUGUACUGCGUGCUGCCUGUCAUUGGCAACCGUGGGUUGGCGGCGAUGCGCAAAGUCCUAGGUGGUUUCUUUGGCGCGAGCAGUCUGGCUGGCAUUGAGAAGAGUGCCAAGGAAACCUAUGAUGCGUAUUUUGAGAGCAUGAAGACGUUGGUGCCGCCCGAGAGGCUGCUGGAGUACCGUCUGGGGCAGGGAUGGGAGCCGCUGUGCUCGUUCUUGGGCAAGGACAUUCCCGACGUCGAGUUUCCGUUCAUCAAUGAGGCCGAUGCCCUGAAAGAAAGGCAGCAGCGGGAAGUCCAAGAAGUGAACGCGAAGGCUUUGGCCAAGAUACGGUCGUGGGUGCCGUGGUGA